AUGGAUAGUACCACAGUGAAUUCGGAGAAAUCGCAGCUUAUACACGAGAAGAACGCGAAAAUGUAUUCUCAAAAAAUGAAAAGCACGUUCUCAGACCCUAAGGAGGAGUAUCCCAACAUGCCGUUGGGGAACGGGGAUGUGGGAGGGGCCAUCGAGCUCAAGCGUCCAGUGGGUGCUCAUUGUCACGGCAACAAGGCGGUGUGCGAGGAGAGCCGGGACAAGGCGCUGGCCAAGAGGAAGCUGUACAUGGCCUCUGUCAUCUGCCUCUUCUUCAUGAUAGGAGAGGUCAUAGGGGGCUACCUGGCCCACAGCCUGGCCAUCAUGACGGACGCAGCCCACCUGCUGACAGACCUGGGCAGCAUGCUGGUCAGCCUCUUCUCCCUCUGGGUCUCCUCCAGGCCCCCCACCAAGACCAUGACCCUGGGCUGGCAUCGCUCAGAGAUCCUGGGGGCACUGGUGUCAGUGCUGUCUAUCUGGAUGGUGACCGGGGUGCUGGUCUACCUGGCUGUUGAGAGGAUCGUCAGGGACGACUACGAGAUAGAUGGUCACGUGAUGCUCAUCACCUCCGGCUGUGCUGUCAUCGUCAACAUUGUCAUGGCGUACAUCCUGCACCACUCCACCAGCCUGCACGCCCACGGGGAGGGCUACCAGCAGAUAGACGAGGGUGGGCGGAGCCCCGUGGCCCAUGGCCACACCCACAGCCUUCUGGGUGGCCAUGGCAACACCAGCGUGCGUGCGGCCUUCAUCCACGUGGUGGGAGACCUGCUGCAGAGUGUGGGGGUCAUGAUUGCCGCCAUCAUCAUCUACUUCCGGCCAGAGUACAAGGUAGCCGACCCCAUCUGCACCUUCCUGUUCUCUGUGUUCGUCCUCUGCACCACCCUCACCAUCCUCAGGGAUGUGUUCCGCAUCCUGAUGGAAGGAGCUCCUAAGGGGAUAGAGUUUAACUCUGUGAAGGAGGUGCUGCUGUCCCUGCAGGCUGUGAAGGGGCUGCACUGCCUGCACCUGUGGGCCCUAACCCUGGGACAGACACUUGUGUCUGUACACCUGGCCGUAGAGGAGAAUGCUGACGGGCAGAACGUUCUGAAGGAGGCCACGGAGAUCCUGCAGACCAAGUUUGGCUUCACCAACACCACGAUCCAGGUGGAGCACUACUCUGAAGACAUGGCUUACUGCCCUCACUGCCAGGACCCCCUGGACUAGCACACA